GCCCCGGGAGCCAGGGGUAACAAGAAGUUUGCGGGCAAGGCUCGAGGGAGAACCACCGCCAGAGUAGAACUGAAAGGGCCAGAAAUCUGUAAGGACCCCGUCUUGCUCACCACCCACGCCAUGGGGGUCAACAUCUAUAAAGAUGGCCAGGAGGUAAAGCUGAAGCCGGAUUCGGAAUAUCCAGAAUGGCUUUUCAACGUCCAUAUUGGGCCCCCCAAGAAGCUUGACGAGUUGGAUCCGGACACCCUUCAAUAUUGGCGUCAUCUACGGAAACUCAACACAUGGCAUGAGAUCAAAGUGAGGAACAGACGCCGUUGAAACCGAGAGAUGGUUUUUGAGAUGGAUCAGUCAUCAUUCUUUCUCUCUCUGAUCAUAAAUGUUGACCCUCAACCCUGCAGAGGCAUUCCCGUGUUUUGCCCAUAAUAAAUGAAUAAUAAAAGCACA